UGUAUAAUAUCUAAGACGUUAGACUCUGCCAGCGCCCAGUUUGCUGCCUCUGCCCUGGUGACCACGGACCAGCUGAUGGCCUUCAAGGGCAAGGAGGAGGGGGUUCUGGGAAGUGGAGUCAACGGGGUCUUUCCAGGCUCAGGUGAGCAGCAGCGCCAAUGGGAUCUGAGCCCUAUGGGCCCUGGUCGAAAGUAGUGCACUAUAUAGAGAGAGAGUACCAUUGUAGGACGCAGACCAGAUUUGCAAAUAAAUAUAAUUGAAUAGAGACACAGGACUGGAGAGCUGAGGAAAUGCUUUAGUCUAAUCAAUGUAUUUUCUUAAUCUAUCUCCUCACAGCAUAUUACUGAUGAAUUACAUGUAUUGUAUAGUCUAAUGUGUACAUGUCUCCCUCCCUCAGGAGUGUACAAGGGCUUACACCUCGCCAGCACCACCCACACCCACCACCCCAACACCAACCAGACUCCCACUCCUCCUCCAUCAGCCCCCACUUUCCUCAAGCCCUCCUCCAACCACUCCUCCACCACUACAUCUCCCGUCACCGCCUCCUCCCUCACCUCCCCACCCAACGCCCACGGGAAUCCCCUCCACCUGUGUAGCAACGCUGCCAACUCCACCCCCUCCCCCACCACCACUCAGGUCCUGAUUGGGAACAACAUCCGUAUGAGUGUACCCUCCUCCCCUGCCCUCCCCAGUCUGGGUGGCACCACUACGCGCCACAUACCCAGGGCCCUGGGAGCCUUGCCCUCCUCUGCCUUAAAGAUGGCUGCCAACACCAACUGUCAGAUGCCCAACAAGGUCACCGGGGCUUCUACCAUGGACAUAGGACCCAGGUGAGAUGAUUCAACAUACUCAGACUAACAAACUCACAUUGAAUAACAUACUGUUUAAGGCAUGCCCUGACUAUAACUGAAGGCUAUUAUGAAAACAUACUCUUGACACAGACCUAGGCUAUUCACAAAUGAUAGGGUUAGGGGUUGUGAUGAAUCUGUUCUUUUUUUUAAAUGAAUUGGUUAAGCCAUGCCUUGACUUUAACUCUGUAUGUUGAUAACAUUAAGUUAAUAGGGGUCUAGUGGAAGCAGUUUUUGACAUGGUGUUUGUCUUGUAUUUUUCCAGGGACAAUCACGAUCAAGACAAGCCAGCUCUGAACAGUAUAGCGGACAACACAGUGGCCAUGGAGGUGACGUAGCAGAGUUGUGGUGGUGCUGCUAGCUACCAUGACAGACCAGCCAGGCCCAGCGCUACCCAACCCUCUGCUGGCCAACCAGCCCUCUGCUGAGAGUCUGCUGCUACUCUCUGAAUCCACUCUUUAGGUGCUGUGCAUCGUAGCAUUGGGAAUGCAAAAGGGACUGCAGGCGGGUGGUCGGCGGGACUCCACACACCACAACGGACUACAUACUGAGUACGGAGACAUGUUUCCAUGGCAACUCUGGGGACUACAUGGGUUGCAAUUCUCAUCUCGUGCUUUUUAAAUGUUUGUUUUGUUUUUGUAUUCGUUACUGUUAAUAAGAGUAAACAUUGACAUUGUGUAAAUUAUGAAUAUGGCAAAUUGGUAUAUGUACAGUAACUAAAUAUUUGUAAUACCCCCUUGUAUAUACGUUACUUGAAUACAGAAACUUGUUUAUUUGUGAUGUUUUGCACUUGGGAAUAAAAAGAAAAAGCGAUAAACUUGUGAGCGUGAGAUGUGAGAGUUGUAUAGACAAAGAGAAAUUUCAUCACAUGUGCAUGGUGCAGAGCCUGCUGUUUUAUCUAUUUAUUGU